AUGGUUACAGCAUAUAAUGAACAUCCUACACUUAUAUGUCCAGUUGAUGCGACUGUGGAUACUGACAUAGGUGCUCCAACAGCAUUAGUUGACUACUCAAGAACAAUAAAAGCAACUGACAACUCCGGGGAUAUCCCGACAGUCUCCCCUGAUCCAAAUUUAACAUUUCCGGCUAAUCUUAGUAUUGGAGUAAACCUUUUCAAUUUUACAGCUACAGACUCAUCAGAAAAUAGUGAUAACUGUACGUUUACGAUACAAGUCGAAGAUAAUGAAAAGCCUACACUGAUAUGUCCGGUUGAUGCGACUGUGGAUACAGACAUAGGUGCUCCCACAGCAUUAGUUGACUACUCAAGAACAAUAAUAGCAAAUGACAACUCCGGGGAUGUCCUCCCAAUCUCUCCUAAUCCAUAUGUAACAUUUCCGUCUAAUCUUAGUAUUGGAGCAAACCUUUUCAAUUUUACAGCUAAAGACUCAUCAGAAAAUAGUGAUAACUGUACGUUUACGAUAAAAGUCGAAGAUAAUGAACAACCUACACUGAUAUGUCCAGUUGAUGCGAUUGUGGAUACUGACAUAGGUGCUCCCACAGCAUUAGUUGACUACUCAACGAAAAUAAAAGCGACUGACAACUCCGGGGAUGUUCCCACAAUCUCUCCUGAUACAAAUAUAAUAUUUCCAGCUAAUCUUAGUAUUGGAGCAAACCUUUUCAAUUUUACAGCUACAGACAUAUCAGAAAAUUUUGAUAAUUGUACGUUUACAAUACAAGUAGAAGAUAAUGAACAACCUACACUGAUAUGUCCAGUUGAUGCGAUUGUGGAUACUGAUAUAGGUGCUCCAACAGCAUUUGUUGACUACUCAACGACAGUGAUAGCAACUGACAGCUCCGGGGAUGUCCCUAUAGUCUCUCCUGAUCCACAUUCAACAUUUCCGGCUAAUCUUAGUAUUGGAGCAAACCUUUUCAAUUUUACAGCUACAGACUCAUCAGAGAAUAGUGAUAACUGUACGUUUACGAUAAAAGUCGAAGAUAAUGAACAACCUACUUUGACAUGUCCAGUUGACGCUACUGUGGAUACUGACAUAGGUGCUCCCAUAGCAUUAGUUGACUACUCAACGAAAAUACAUACAACUGACAACUCUGGAGAUGUCCCUACAAUUUCUCCUGAUCCAUAUAUAACAUUUCCAGCUAAUCUUACUAUGGGAGCAAACCUAUUCAAUUUUACAGCUAUUGACUCAUCGGGAAAUACUGAUAAUUGUACGUUUACGAUAAACGUUAAAGAUAAUGAACAACCUACUUUGACAUGUCCAGUUGACACUACUGUGGAUACUGACAUAGGUGCUGCAACAGCAUUAGUUAACUACUCAACGAAAAUACAUGCAACUGACAACUCUGGAGAUGUCCCUACGAUCUCUCCUGAUCCAUAUAUAACAUUUCCAGCUAAUCCUACUAUGGGAGCAAACCUAUACAAUUUUACAGCUAUCGACUCAUCGGGAAAUACUGAUAAUUGUACGUUUACGAUAAACGUUGAAGAUAAUGAACAACCUAUAUUGACAUGUGCAGACGCGACUGUAAAUACUGACAAAGGUGCUCCCACAGCAUUUGUUGACUACUCAUCGAAUAUAUAUGCAACUGACAACUCCGGAGAUGUCCCCAAAAUCUCUCCGGAUCCAAAUGUUAUAUUUCCAGCCAAUCUUAGUAUUGGAGAAAACCGAUUGAAUUUUACAGCUGCAGACUCAUCCGGAAAUACUAAGGAUUGUACGUUAACUAUAAUGGUCGAAGAGACUGUUGUUAAUCUCUAUUCACGUAGAUAA